UACACAACCCUUCAAACCCUAAAAUAUCUUACAUUUCCUAAAUCCAAAAUUUAUCCCAAAAUUGAAGAGUCAGAUGUCGUGCUCGUCCAGCUCUGCGGAGGCGGCGCCGCCGUGGCUCGAGCUUCCGCGGGAGAUAACGGCUGCGAUUCUGCACAAGCUGGGGGCGAUCGAGCUGCUGACGACGGCGCAGCAUGCGUGCACUGCGUGGCAGAGUGUUUGCCGAGAUCCUUCCAUGUGGCGGAGCAUCGACAUGCGAAAUACCGGAGAUCUCUGGGAAAUGCCGUACAAUUUGGAUAAGAUGUGCCGCCACGCUGUCGAUCGCAGCCAGGGCCAAUUGAUUGACAUCAAUAUUGAGUAUUUUGGUACCGAUGAAUUGCUGCACUACAUUUCUCAGAGGUGUAGUCAGCUCAGACGACUUCAACUUGUAUUUUCCUAUGGCAUAACAGGUGGUGGACUGGUCGAAGCAGUUAAAAAGUUUCCGCUGUUGGAGGAGCUGCAUCUCUACUACACUUCUAUUGAUUCACAAUCUAUUGAAGCGAUUGGCCGAUCAUGUCCUCACCUGAAAUCAUUUACAUCAAAUAUCCGCUGGUACAGGCAGGAAUAUCUUGCAUGCGAUACGGAAGCCCUAGCAAUUGCUGAGAACAUGCCUCAUCUGCGCCAUCUCCAACUCUUUGGGAACAAAAUGACAAACGAGGGCUUGCAGGCCAUUCUCAACAGUUGUCCUCAUCUUGAAACGCUUGAUCUGAGACAAUGCUUCAAUGUCCAUUUAGGCGGGAUGAUAAACAAACAGUGCAUGCAGAGGAUUAGUGACUUGAGGCGUCCCCAUGACUCGACUUCUGACUACCCUUUUGAUGCUGAGAUAAAUGAUCACGAAACUUCAGAUGAUGACUAUAUAACCGGCUUCUCUGACAUGGAUAUAGUCUCUGACUACGACGACUAUCUUGAAUUCUCUGGGGCCAGUGAUUGUUCGGGUGAAUAUCUUGAUUACCACGACGAUUGGUGAGGUCAUAACGAAGGUUGCUGAGCCUUUAUCGAUCUUCAUAUGUUGUGGUAUGUUAUCUGCAAUCUCUAGCUUUUCAUAGCUUGUAUAUAAUACCUUGCUUUUCGACCAUUUAGCUUAUUAGAUUUGGAAAAACGGAGGUGACAAUUUGUUACGUAUUACUAUGAACUUCGAUUAGCCGUUCAA